CAAUUUGUGUGCGAAUUUUCCUUACGCUGCAAGGGACAUAAGAACGACUUCGACAGUCGAAGUUAACUAAUCUGAAAGAAGGAUAAUGUGUGCAUACAGACGGGACCCCGAUAAAUUCACAGUUACUGCCGGCAGAGAUGGGUCUCGCUCGUUUGGGGGUCAUGAUGACAGAUAUUCUGGCCCCCGAUAUGGUGGAGGCAACAAGUACAAAAAAAAGUAUGGAAAAGGUCGAGGCUAUGGUGGGUACAGUCGAGGUAGGGGGAUGUCAGGUCACCCCAACCCACGUUCCAGGUUUGAAGAUGACGAUGGUGAUGUCAACAUGGAUUCUGGUGGAAGUAAACCCCCGAUUCACUCCCUAUGGUAGAGGAGGUAGCAGUAGCAGAGGAAGGUUUAACAGGACGAGAGACCGUGAUGGUAAUACGCUGCAGAGAUUAGGACUGCCUAUAUCCAAUGAGACAAGGUGGACCAAAGUCACAGUACCACAUGGUAAAAAAUGUGAGAAAGAUUUUCUGUUGAAAACAAUCAAUGGUCAACUCUCUGCACCCUUUGAGCCAGUUUAUUUCCAUCAUGAAGGGAAGAAUGCUGUGAUCUCUAUGUGA